GUAAAUCAUCUCCAUGUCAAUUCAACGCCACGCAAAUACUUGACCAGCACAUCGAUUUCCACAAUGCCUAUCCCAAUUAACAACCCUACCAAGUCUUUCUGGAUUGAGGGAGCUGCAUCCCCUCUACGAGACUUUCGCUCCACCAAUGACCUGCCAAGGGAGACAGAUGUCGCCAUUAUCGGUAGUGGAUAUGCAGGAACAACUACAGCCUACUGGCUGCACAAGCACACGCAAAACAGCCCCGUAAAGCCCAAGAUGCUGAUGCUCGAGGCACGGGAUAUUUGCGGAUCUUCAACUGGUCGAAAUGGGGGGCAAUUGAGACCACAUGCGUACUCGCGCUACACACCAUGGGCGAAGCGAUUUGGCUCUGACGGGGCCAUGGCGCUCAUUAAGCAUGAAAUGGCACAUCUGCCGGCCUUUAAAGAACUUGCAGCUGAGGAGGGCAUUGCCGAGGAGGUUUGCCUCAAGUUUGGCGAAACAUUUGACGCAGCAAUGUCAGAUGAAGCGUGGACGCGACUGAAGGGCGCUUAUGAAUUGAUGAAAAAGGACCACGGAGAAGACAACGAGGUGGUCAAAGUCUGCAGGCUUAUUGAAAGCUCCAAGGAUGCCGAGGAGUUCACCCAAAUGAAGGCAUGCCUCGGGGCAGUCGUACACCCUGCCGGUCAAAUAUGGCCUUACAAAUUUGUUCAUGCCGUUCUUCGCAUCGUACUUGAAGCAGGCAAUCUGAACCUCCAAGCACACACUCCGGCUUUGAGCGUUUCGGAGCGAGACUCCGACGGCUGGAUUACUGUUAAAACGCCGAGAGGAGACGUGCGAGCAAAGACGGUGGUACACACGACGAACCGAUGGGCCUCCCACCUCUUGCCGGAGCUUAGCAACCUCAUCGUUGCGGACAGAGCAACUCUGGCGUCUAUUCCUGCUCCAGAGGGUUUCAUUAGACAUACUGGUGCCCAGCAUUGGGACAGCGUCGUUAACAACUACCAUCUCCAGCUUCCACCGCCGUACAACAAUAUCAUUGUUGGCGGAGCUAGAUCCGUUCUUGUUCACUCUCCGGACAAGUGCUAUCUUAACGAUGAAGAGGACCAGCAAUUCGAUGGUGUUCCCGAGUUUUACCAAUCUUGGCCUGCAUCGGACGUGGUCGGCUGGCCAGGAAGCAAUCCAGCAGAGUUGUGGAAGGGUGUUAACGAGGGCGGUUGUUGGACAGGUGUUGACUCAGUAAGUCUUGACGGCUUUCCCUUUGUCGGAACCAUGCCGAGCCACUCUGGACACUUUAUUGCGGCAGGAUUUUCAGGUCACGGCAUGCCUCGAAUACUACUCUCUACCGCUCACGUCACACCACUUAUCUUGGAUGCCCUGGGUUUCCAAUACAGCGCCCCAUCGCUUGUUGGACCAUACCCACCACUGCCGAAACCGUUCUCUGCUACGUCCGAGCGAAUCGACUCCCUUCAAAAAGUAGACGCUGCGGCUGUAUUUGAGCAAGACACGACAGAUGCUGUGGAAAGUGCAAAGAAGCCGUUUUGCAUUGGCCGCAAAGUUGAUUCACGCCUUUGAAGUGUUAGGCGGGGUGGCAGAGUAGCUAAACUCUAGGUGCACCUUUCGCAUAGCAUAUGAAGCAC